AUGCGCAUCCAAUUUCUGCUUAGCAUUUUGAUUUUCGUUCUGUUUCAUGGCCCGUGCAACAGCGAGAACUACUUGCUAUAUGAUGUGUUCGAAGGAGAAGGCUUCAACCUACGGAGGGAUGUCUAUAUUCGGAUGGCCAACACAGUUCGGUUACUAAACCUGAAACGUGAGACCAGCAGUCCGACCAUUUGGACUUUAGUCCUCCCUCCCUGGAUCCCCAUGUCUCAUUGGAUGACUGCAGCCAGCCAGUUACCAAACGUGACUCUGUCCUCAGAUCCUCUGCCAUGGUCAACCUUUUUCGACCUGAACAGUCUAUCCCAGGUGAUCCCCGUUAUGGAGUUGGAGGAGUUCAUGACUACCGUACUGAAUGCUAUCGGGAAACGAGUUGAUCUCGCCGUUCAGUUAUUCCGAGAUUCCGUUGAGAGUUUCUCCGGAAGACUGGAUUCAGUCGAGUUCUGCUCGGAGGAAGUACGUUCCCGUUAUCAGUCACCCGAUUCCCCAUACUAUCCACCAAUCACUCUCUAUCCCCACAUGAACGAAGGGCAUUUAAAUGGACUUCUCAAUGCCUCACAGUAUGACUGCGUCACGGGAGCGUUGGAGCCUUUGUCGCUGGCACCAUUUCUCGAAGAUUUGUUGGGAUCCAUCGAUAUAAAUAGGCCGAUAAAAUCCAUCUAUUUGGGGUCUGCUGAAACGGUUAUUCACGGCCAGUUGAGCGAGUGGAGCGCGGAGUAUUGGACAAUCCGACGAAGUAUGGUAUUCGCUUCUGAACUGCGUGACGUGGCUGACGAGUUCCGCCGGACCUACUUGAAUUCCACCGAUAUUCCCGAUCACACAUUCUCUCCAUUCUCUAUUCCUGGUCGUGGUCCGGGUUCCGCCUGGCUUCAUCGCACGUGGCCCUUCGCACCGGCUGUGGGAGGGCCCUAUCUGGCUGUGCAUUGGCGCUGCGGUGACUACGUGCAAUCGUCCGGAGAUAGGUGGAUCAAUACGCCUUCACCCGUACAAUUGGCCUCUCAGAUCCGGUUCGCUCUGGACUAUUUGGCUUCUGAGCAUUCUACUGUGAUAAAUGUCGUCUUCCUCUCAACCGAUGCCAAUAAAAUAGAUAUUGAUGAGCUGGGCACUCAUUUGGAACGUGUGAAACUGCUUCGGUUCGAACCUACUCCGGAGCGAUGGGUCGCUCUCGGUCCUGGUGGUAUCGCGAUCGUAGAUCAGUGGAUAUGCAGCCAUGCGAGAUUUUUCCUUGGAACCAAUCCCUCUACCUUUACUUUCCGCAUUGCUGAGGAGCGCACAAUUAUGGGCUUUCCGCUCUUCUCCACGUACAACACAAUCUGCCCAGAGAACGGUGUACGCUUGUACGGUGGAUCCGAAACGACCGCGGCGGCACCUAAUAGCUGCGAGCCACUGACCGCAUGGCCUGUGGUUUACGAAUCAGCGUACACUAUCUAUCCUGAAGACAAAACUCAUCGUCCUGAGCUCUGAUCUGUCCCGGUGUUCACUACAUCUAGUGUUUCAAAGUUUUAGCCUAACUAACAAUGACGCCCUCCAGUUAUUUUUUUGUUCCAUUUUCUGGUUCCUUUCCCGGCACUGAAGAUUUAGCUUGAUUUGAAACCACAUGAGUCCCUUCAUCAAUCCACCCUAUGAAAUUCUUCUUAUCAUUCAAUAGUCCUUUUUUCCGCGUAACUUCGUUCGGAUGAAGUUGGACGUUGAACAGACAUGCGCUUGUUUCGAUCGGUACAAGUUUAACAGAAU